AUGGUCUUAUUCAAUUUGGCAUUUAGAGACGCCGUCGCCUUGGGGAUUCGUACUGCGCUCCUCGUCUUCACCUUCUGCCUUUUCAUCUGCUCGUGUGUAGCAGUGGAUAAGUUGGACUUUUGGGAAAAUCGGACAGGUGUGUCAUUGGUUACAAGUCUUCUUGGCUUCAUAUACUAUAUCCCAACAGUUAUCCCUGUCGUGGUUCGCCAUUUGUCACCCGCUACCGCGCUUGCAGGAGACCUUUGGAUGCUACUCUGGUGGAUUAUCGCCGUCGGUGUGCUCGGAGACCGCUUCGGAAGCGACUUGUCGUGCAAUUGGGCCGGCCGCUACAAGACAGGCUGCCAAGCCGGCAAGGCUGCCCUUGCCUUUGCAGUUUUGGGCUUUGUGACAUCCCUCGCCACAGUGGGCAUAAUUGGCUACUUCACCUUGUACCAGAGCUACAAGACCAGCGGAAAGUCCGGUGUGUUGCAGAGAGGCAGCCUUGCCCCUGGCGCUGUUUUUUUGAAUGGUAACGAAGCUCCUCCAGCCACGACAGAUACCGCUGACGUUGAGGCCGGCGCUGGCGCCUCCAGUGGUCAGGAGGACGCUGCUGACCACAAGGAUGUGGAUUCGCAGCCAACGGCCCGCUCACCACCUGCCAGCCACCACUCGCAGGACUUGGCUGCCAAGUGA